GAAGUGAAAGAGGGUAAAGAAAAAGAAAAAAUUCGUGCGCGAAGGGUAUGUUGCCAGACUGAACUCAGUUCAAGACAUUUUAUAUCAUAUGUGGCGAAUAUUGUUAGUUGAUAUCACGAGCUUGCACUAAAGACGAGAGAAAAGUACAACCUGUUACGCUGCGUUACAAAAUAACUGACUAGCUAGUUAUCUUAAAACUGUUGGUGGUAGGCUAGAAAGGUCUUGCAGGCUACGCUACAGUAGAUACCUACGCGAGAUAGCUAGACUAGCUAGCUGCGCUGUCAACUGUGGGGCACUGCGUCGCAGACAACCUGUCCCAGCUGAACAAUAGAAAGCUAGACAGUUAGCUGGCUAGCUCUAAUAUUGUAAGAAAAUAAUUAUCGGGCUUGUCUGGAGUUGAAGGAUUGACAACAUGACGUCCAGGAAGAAAGUGCUUCUGAAAGUCAUCAUUCUGGGGGAUUCUGGUGUGGGCAAGACCUCCCUGAUGAACCAGUAUGUGAACAAGAAGUUCAGCAACCAAUACAAAGCCACGAUAGGAGCAGAUUUCUUGACCAAGGAGGUGAUGGUGGACGACCGACUCGUCACAAUGCAGAUCUGGGACACAGCUGGGCAGGAGAGGUUCCAGUCAUUGGGGGUAGCGUUCUACCGUGGGGCUGACUGCUGUGUGCUGGUGUUUGAUGUGACGGCUCCCAACACCUUCAAGACCUUAGACAGCUGGAGAGAUGAGUUCCUGAUCCAGGCUAGCCCCAGAGACCCGGAGAACUUCCCUUUUGUGGUUCUAGGCAACAAGAUUGACCUGGAGAACAGACAGGUGACAACCAAGAGGGCCCAGGCCUGGUGUCAAAGUAAGAACAACAUCCCUUACUUCGAGACCAGCGCUAAGGAAGCCAUCAAUGUAGAGCAAGCCUUCCAGACCAUUGCACGCAAUGCCCUCAAACAGGAGACAGAGGUGGAGUUGUAUAAUGAAUUCCCUGAACCCAUUAAACUGGAUAGGAAUGACAGAGCCAAGCCUUCACAAGAGAGCUGCAGCUGCUGAAGUGGCGUUAGGACUAUCUUCUCUCUGGCCUACUGGAACAUCCCCAUGACCCCACUCUCAGCACCUUUGUGGUCCCUACUCCUCCCUCAGAGUGAACUGCUCCUCUGGUCCGUCACAGAUCAUGUCACAUUCCCGGCCCACCACAAUCCCAUUAGCUGCCCAGUAAUAGUGCACAUGGGUGCACAGACUCGGUACCUACGGUACACACUCACUCCACACACAAUGAAUCUGGCACAAAAAAAUUAUGUUAAGCGAAGAAUGACAGCUCACUCACUCACCUGUAUUUCUAACUGCCCCCAGACUCCCUUCUGUUAAUGCUAUUAAGAAAGAUGUAGCCAUGUUUUAACAGAGCGAGUGGAAGAUGCAGUGGCAUAAUGUGAGAGGAGGUGGCUUGGGACAGAAUUCCUGUGAUUUCUGGUCCUCUUCAUUUUCUAUUCUUGAAAAAUAUAUUCAUUAUUUUCUCAUAUCUCAGUGAACUCCUUUAUCUGUCUAACUAUGGAGGAAUAAUGAACUGUAUUUUUUUUAUUAUUAUUAUUGGCUGUUGAUGUAAAAGUCUUAAGCCAGUCUGGAGCGUAUUUGUUAGCACUUUUUCCUCGUCGAGUUGAUUUUUUUCAUUGCCUUAAAUGUUAUACACGUAGUGGUCGGCAUAAUGACUACCAUCCUUGUCAACAACCCAUAAAGAUCCUGUUAAUCAAAAAACAAAACAAACACCUUUAUGCCUGGUGGUGUCCACACCCUUUGUACAGUAGGUAGCACCGUGAUUUGUUCUAAAUUCACAUUAAAGGGCCAAUAUUCAUAAAUGAGGCAACAACAAUAGAAAAGCUUAAGACGUAGACAAUGUUAUUAUCCUAAUUGUACUACUGAUACUAUUGUAUGUAAUUUGUCUGCCAUUUUGUUUCAACACUAGAAUUACAGAUCUGUUGCCAUACACCUCUUCUCUAAUAACUGUCUCUGUUGCUACUGUUUCUUUUACUCUGCUGGUAGCUCAGGUUGGCAAGUUUGUUAAUAAGUGCAUAAUAUUAAUUUUUAACAGAUUGUGUACUACUAUGUGUGUAGAUGUAAUAGAUAAAAUGCUGAGAGAUGAAAUGGGAUUGGAUGCUCUUUAUCUGUGAGUUAUAAAGAAAUAGUCCAAGAAUUUACCCUGGUAUUGCUCUUUUCUUCCUAAUAAAGCAACUGCUAUGCCAAUGAUGUUGAAAAGUAUUGGGAUAUCAAAAGAAGUUAUAAUAAAGUGUCUCUUGAAUAUAAACAUU